AUGCACUUUCAUUGGUCUGUCGAUGAUUUCACUGGCUGUGAACACGUUCUUGAUGGACACGGUCUAAGUGACAUCGUCAAAAGAUAUGCAGCUGAAUGCCAUCUGGUACACUAUAAUUCGAAAUACCAAUCCCUAGAAGCGGCUGUGGCGCAUUCUGAUGGUCUUGCUGUAGUGGGUUUCCUAUUAGAAGUAGUGGAUGCACCCAACCCAAGCUUUGACGAGUUCGUCGAGGGCUUAGAAAAAAUUAAGAAAAGUGAACAAGGAGUUGAAAUUUCUUCAGAGUCCCUGGCGUGGAUGGAUAGAGAAGAACUAAGUAGCGGCAACUACGUUACCUACAAGGGAUCGUUAACAACACCUCCAUACACCGAAUGCGUUACCUGGAUCAUAUAUGAAAAGCCUGUGCAAAUUGGAGCAGAACAGCUGGGACUUUUAAGGCAAUUGGAGGGACCGGACUGUAUACCAAUUGAAAGGAAUGUUCGACCAACGCAGAGGCACCCACCCGGACAUUCUGUUAUAUACGUUAAACAAGUGAAGGCUAAACUGUGA